AUGGAUCUAGGCGAGGGCGGAGCGAUGCCGGUCAUUCUUGCAGAUUGGUUGGACCAAGUCUUGACCGUCUGGCAUGACCAUCGCAUCGUCGCAACGGCACUCACCCUGGUCGCGCUGCUCGUGGUUCUUGUCCGCCGCAGCCUAACCGUCAGAAUCACACCACAGACAUCCUCCCCUGCAGUCGAGAAGGCCAAUUGGCUUCCCCAGACUGAAAUCGACACCAUUCCUCCCUUGAGCUCAAAUGCUACCGCUCGACAAGGCAAGAGUUCACAACCCAACCUGCCACAGAAAGGCAAGCCUCGCUCUGCAGCACGAGUCGUCGCUGGACGGAAGCCCGUUGCAGCAGGAACCGGAAAGGAUGCCACAUCACAAUCAGACCCUCUCUCCAUCCAACCAUUGAUAUUCUUCUCCUCUCUGACUGGAACCACCGAACAGCUCUCCAUGGCCGUGGCAGAGAGACUCGAAAGGUUUUCGACUGAGACCGAUGUUGUUCUCAAGCCAGAGACCCAUGAUCUUUCAUAUGUUGACUUAGAUGAUUACUUCAUAUCGGGACCCAAGAUUUCAACACCGCGCCCAGGUACUCGCUUUUUGUACCUACUCUUGAUUCCCUCUUACGACAUUGACACGAUUCUAACCACUUUCCUUGAGCACCUCAACGAGACUCACAAUGACUUCCGGAUCGAUACUGCCUCCCUCUCGGUCCUAGCAGGAUACAGUGUGUUUGGAAUCGGGGACAAAGAAGGAUGGCCAAGUGAAGAGAAGGGUUUCUGCACACAAGCACUGGAGGUGGAUCGUUGGAUGGCCAAAUUGACAGGUAGGAAGAGGGCAUAUCCCGUUGGCCUGGGAGACGUGAAGAGCAAUGUCAACCAAGCCUUGGGGGACUGGGUCAAUGGUAUCACCAGUGUUUUGGAGGACUUGAUCUCCACUGGCUCCCUUGGUGAAGGUGUUCCUGGUAGUGGUGACGCCAUUGAGAGCGAAGAUGAAGAGGAAGUCUUCGAGGAUGAUCCAGAAGUUGACUUUCCUGACUCCGGUCGGAAUAAAAGACGCAAGCUUGCAAAGGCAACUGACUUGGAAGAUGUUGGCGGCGCGGGUGGUCUACCACUGGCAGUUGACUUUACGACAUAUUCAUCAUCUAAGCCCGCUGGAACUGCCCCGUUAAAAGCCAUGGUGCCGAAAGAGUCGCCCACAUACGCUGCAUUGACUAAACAAGGCUACACGAUCGUUGGGUCGCAUUCUGGCGUCAAAAUCUGCCGGUGGACGAAGUCUGCGCUUCGCGGGCGUGGUUCAUGUUACAAGAACUCGUUUUAUGGCAUAGCCUCCCACUUGUGCAUGGAAACAACCCCGUCUCUAUCAUGCAGCAACAAAUGUGUUUUCUGUUGGCGGCACGGGACUAAUCCUGUUUCCACAACAUGGAGGUGGGAAGUUGAUGAUCCUCAGAUGAUUUUUGAUGGCGCAAAGGAAGGUCACUACAAGAAAAUCAAGAUGAUGCGAGGCGUACCAGGCGUGCGAAGUGACCGGUUUGAGGAGGCCAUGCGCAUUCGGCACUGCGCCUUGAGUCUUGUAGGUGAGCCGAUUUUCUAUCCUCGCAUCAACGAAUUCGUGGGUCUCCUUCACAGUGAACACAUUUCGAGCUUUCUCGUAUGCAAUGCUCAGCAUCCACAGCAGCUACAGGAACUCCAGCGGGUCACGCAGCUAUAUGUGAGUAUCGAUGCUAGCAAUCGGGACAGUCUGCGCAAGAUUGACAGACCACUACACCGAGACUUCUGGGAACGGUUUCAGACCUGUCUUGACAUUCUUCGGGAAAAAAGGUUUGUACAGCGAACUGUCUUCCGUCUCACAUUGGUCAAGGGCUUCAAUGUCGAGGACGAGGUCGAAGGUUAUGCCGAUCUUGUUGCCAAAGGCCUCCCGUGCUUUAUUGAGAUCAAGGGCGCCACUUUCACGGGCCCGGCCUCUUCUCUGACAAUGCAGAACAUCCCGUUCUACGAAGAGGUCGUGACUUUUGUCGAGGCCUUGGACAAGGCGCUUGCAAAACGUGGCCUAGAAUAUGGAAUUGGAGCCGAGCAUGCGCACAGUUGCUGUGUUCUGCUCGCCAGCAAACGCUUCCACAUCAAUGGCAAAUGGAACACGAUCAUCGACUACAAUAAGUUCUUCAAACUGUUAGACAGUGGUGCGGACUUUGGUCCUGAAGACUACUGUGCGGAGACACCAGAGUGGGCGCUUUGGGGGAAUGGUGGCUUUGAUCCUAGAGAUGAGCGGGUUGACAGGAAGGGACGCCCCAAAAAUCAAGUCAUGGGAGAGGAGGGGAAAACUGAAACCAAGGCUGCACAGGCAGAGAUCCAGUUCUGA